AUGGCAGAUUUGGAGGAUGAGUACUUGGGCCAGGAGGAUGGUGCACCCUACAUUGACACGAAAGACCUGAACCGGGAGCUUUUCGGCGAAGAAAGCGACGAUGAGCAAGUACCUCAGGGCGAUGGCCGUGAUGCUCCUUACGAGCAACCGGUACUCGAAGACGACAUUGGUGACGCAGAGGCGGAACUUGAAGACGAGAUUAGCAGUGAGGAUCCUGAAGCCCGGCGCGGAGCGAGCAAGAAGAGCAGCAAGGCGGCAUCGGGAGGCAGUGCAGCACGGAAAAAGCGGGAGGUGGGAAGCAAGGAUGACAAGCCUAAGAAGAAGCGGCAGCGCACUGACGGGGACAAGCCCGACAGAGCCAAGCUCGGCGCCCGGGGUGACAAGGGCGACAAGGCUCGGCAGCGCUCGCGACGAUCGGCGGGUGAUGCUGGAACCCGGGAUGGAGGUAUAGCGGGGGCAGACGGCCACAGCGGACCCGUGGCAGCAGGCGAUAAGUCCGGCAUCCUAGACGAGGAGUUGUCCGAGGAGAUGAAGGAGCACGACGCGGAUAGGGCGUUUAUCGAUGAUGAGGGCGUGGAGCAUGUCCCAAGUGACGACGAAGAGGGCCUCCAGGUGCCUGCGGAAGAGGCGGAGGAGGCGCUGGAUGCGGAGGAGGACCAUCCGUUCAAGCGCAAGCGAAAGAAGGAGCAGACGGGGAACGUGGAGUUGGAGAUCAAGGACAUGCUCGGCAAGAUGGAGGCUGCCAUGGAGCACGACUUUGAGACGGUGGCUCGCAACGCAGGAGUGGAGCUCAAGAAGGAUGCUUCCGACAACCUGGUGACUGACGCAGAGGGGCAUUACGUAGUGGCACGCAAGGGCCCGCCGCCAACUUCGAAGAGCCCUGCCAUCAGCAAGCUCAAGUUGCUGCCGGAGCUAGAGAUGUUUUUGGCGCAACGUAAGUACCAUGAGAGCUUCCUGCAACAAGGUGGACUGGGCGUGCUCAAGGGCUGGCUAGAGCCCUACCAUGAUGGUACAUUGCCGAACGUACGCGUACGUACGGCGGUGCUCAAAGGGCUGCAGACCCUGCCUAUUGAUACGAGCCACGAAGACCACAAGGAGAUGCUCCGAAAGUCACAGUUGGGCAAGAAUGUCAUGUUCCUCUUCAAAUGUAAUGAGGAGACGGGUGAGAACCGCCGCAUAGCCAAGGAGCUCGUCCACCGCUGGAGUCGGCCCAUCUUUUACGACCAGGAGGCGGAGGAGGCCAAGAAGCGCCUGCACCAGCAGCAGCUGCUCGAGGCCCGGAGGAUGGAGCUAGAGAAACGAAGAGACGGUAUGCAAGAGACGGGCGCGGCUGCCGCCGUACGCAACAAGGCAAUGCGCAUCCAUGCACUCAUCCCCAAGGCCUCCAAGCUGGACUACGUCAACAACCCGGGGGCCGCUAAGGACUUCAACGAAUCGGAGGUAGUCGCGGCCGCGGCGGCGGGCCCCAAGGCCAAACAGGCGGACGCACUAACGAAGCGGCUGCGGGAGCAGCAAAAGAAGCUGAGAGAUGGAAGCGCACGGGCCAUGAAGCCGAGUGUGGAGGGUCGCAAUAUUGUCCUUAUGAAAUAA